AUGGACACCAAUGGUGCCGGUGAGCCAGCCCAGGCCACAAAUCCAGAUCCUGCAUUGCUUGCUAUGAAUGCAAACAUGCCUGCCAAUGCCUCUCUUGAGCAUCUCAAUGGUCACGCGCAAAUGUUCGACCCCUCCUUCAGCAAUAUUCCUCUUCCUGACAAUGGCAUGCAAUCUGGGCUAUUUGCGACACUGCCUCAACAGUCGAUCCCUGCUGAUGAGGUCGCGCUGUAUGACAGACAAAUAAGACUUUGGGGAAUGCAGGUACAAGAAAAGCUGCGGCAAGCAAACGUACUCCUCAUUGGGAUGAAAGGACUUGGUGCCGAGAUAGCGAAGAAUCUUGUCCUAGCAGGUAUCGGCAUCUUGACCAUACUUGAUCACGAAGUCGUUGCAGAAGAGGAUCUAGGAACUCAAUUCUUCGUCGAUGAGACUCAGAUUGGCCGAAACCGAGCAGAGGCAGCUCUACCGGAAUUGCAGAAGCUCAAUCCUCGUGUCCAGUUGUACAUCGACCCCAACCCUGUUGUGCUGAAAGAUCCCGUCUAUUUCCAGUCAUUCGACAUUGUCAUCGCGACCGACCUGAUGACGGACGUCAUUACGCUGGUCAAUAUGUCUUGUCGCCAAUUCAACCGCAAGUUCUACGCCGCUGCCACUCACGGUAUGUAUGGAUACAUAUUCGCCGAUCUCGGUAUUCAUCAAUUCAUGGUUGAGAAGCCGCAGAGCAACAAGCGGGCCAAGGCGGGCGACAUGGAAACAUCUACGAGAUGCGUUUUGAGUGUCGACUCAGAGACGGAAAGCGAUAAGGUCACCGACAUGAUCACCUACAGAGAGACAUACACGCUCUUUCAACUCGCCAACAUGUCUCCGCUCCCAUCACGAGACAAGAGCACUCGGCGAAAGUUGACGCGCAUUUCUCCACUUCUGUCGUGCAUGAGGGCAUUGUUCGAUUUCCAAACCCAGAGCGAAGGUCGGCUUCCAGGACCCAAUAGAGUUGACUUGGAACUCUUCACCAAACUUGCCAAACAGAAACACAUUGAACUCGAACUACCUGAAGAAACCCUGCGCGCAGAAUUCUUACGGAGCUUUUUGCAAAACCUUGGUUCUGAAAUUAGCCCAGUAGUUGCAUUCCUUGGUGGCUUUUUGGCACAAGAUGUCAUCAAUGUGCUGGGACAAAAGGAACCUCCUCUGCAGAAUUUUCUGCUCUUCGAUGGUGAAGACUUUGCUGCGACUCAGUACAGCCUUCAUCCUCACAACGAUGAUGCGGUUAGUAUGAUGAGCACCAACGGUUUGCCGAUGAUGCCAGGAACCAUGCCGGCGGCAGAUCCAAUUCCAGUGGCUUGA